UUGGUUUGUACGCGGCAUUCUGUGACUUAUAUAUUUUAUUAGCGAAAAAAGGCUGAAAAUACUGCGAUAAAUUGUCGAAAGAAAGGUUAGGUUUAACGAAGUUAAGGAGUACGUGUUAAGUGUGUCAAGUUUAUCUCUCUAUCCUGCUAUGAACUAGAAUGAUUCACGCUGUGCUGGCCUAUCUGCUGAUUCUGCUGACUGUUGCUAGAGAGUCCCAGAGUUCCCACGUCAAUGCGUGUCCCCGACACCGCGGGCUUCCGCCGGGAUUUGAGCGUGCAGAAAACAUCAUUAACAAACGUAAACUAUUCUGGCUUGACCUCCGUCGCAUCAUCAGCGGCUUUGAACCCAACGAAGUUUAUUCACUCCGCGUUCAAACGACGUCAAAACGUCACAAGUUUAACGACGCAACGGUGACGGUUGAUCCGAUCAAUAAAGAGUGUGGUUUUGGCGAGUGGAUAGUGGAUUCUGAUAGGCUUUACAAACCGACAGGAUGCCCAGAUAUCGUCUCCACGCAGGAAAAACAGCCAAUGGGAAAAGCGCUUUUCAAAUGGCGAUCGCCAAAAUGUGGAUGUGUCCACUUCCGUGUGCGUGUUCAUGCAGACUCCUUAUAUUACCUAGACAACGCUUCUACUCCGAAUGGAGCUCUUGCCAAGACGGUCUGCCAAACACCGGAAAGUAUCAUGCAGACGACACCACCGACACCGGAAACAGGGGCGCCACUUCCACUCAGUGCUUACUAUAUGACAAGAGACGAGAAACUGAAAAUGCUCUGUGAGGUUAGCCAGUCACGUGACCCAAUUAAGAUGCAGACAGUCGAGGAUUUCCUCACUCGUCGCAAAGCUUCACACCUGAGUGCUUUCGAACUGGAUCAGCUUAAUAUAGCAUUGCAUCAGAGACACUUUGCGGUGGAAAAAUGCUGUGAACAUAAGAGUUACCCGGUCAUUCACUCGUGCCUGGGAGACGUUCGGCGACGCCGUAUUGACCAGUUCUGUGCCAAUGGUGAACCGGAUGUGCCCUUUACCACGGCACACCGGGCCUGGUUGGAUAGUAAACAACAGGAAUGCUGUAUUGAAAUAGGAGAGUACCGAUACGACUGUUUUAACUUCACACGGGAGGAGCAGACGAUGAUGAAGGAAGACCAUGGCUUGCCUCGACAGGAUAUGGAUGACUUUGACCCCGCCAAUGAUCUCGAGGACUACGCCGAGGCGGACAGCCUGAGGCAGAGCUUCGCAAAAGAAAAACACCGAGAACAUCAGAGCGAAAAACAUUCCGAUGACGUCACGAGUGACGUAACUGAAACGCUGCCUCGGUCUGGCAAAGCGGAAAAUAGUGUCAUACACAAUAAGACGAUAGUAAAAUCACCCCCAGCCAUGGAUCAAAUACAGAGACACCCAUCCCAUAUAUCACAAAACCAUAACCAGAAGUUGCCCGAGAAGUACAGUCCGGAAAGUGUAUCGGGCUUGGUUGAAGAGUCAGACGGGAGCGCUGAGGACGCGGAAGUCAAAGGAACAUUGGGCGCACAUGUGCACGAACAUGAUGAAGAUGAUGCCGAUGAUACAGACAGCAAAGAUAAUGGUGGCGACAUUGACGAAAUCAACACGGAUUACCACGGUGACAAUGAUGACGACGACGACGACGACGAUGAUGAUGAUGAUGAUGAUGAUGAUGAUGAUGAUAUUGAUGAUGAUGAUGAUGAUUAUUCCGAAAAUGCUAUUAAUAAGCAUGGUCACGACAGUAAGUCGAACCUUUCUGUUGAAGAGUGUUGCUGGGCGGGCAUUGAUGCCGGCUUCAGGGUCAAGGACAAAAGCAUGGAGAGCUGCUUCCACGAGGCUGACGCCCGCCGGCAGUCCGUCAGGAACUGGAGUAAGAGAUGUGACAGGAGCUUUGUUAUAAGUUGCUUACGAGUGCUAGAUAGAUUGAAGUCUCUCACGUGAUAACCUAGUUGUACCUCGGAAGAGCGAAUGGUGCCAACAAACUACUCCAGACGGUGUUUUACAUGCUGAUAUAACGUUAUAAUUAUUGUUAAUUUUUGCUUUAUGAAGCCAUUAAUUCGGGAUAAGGCGGGCGAACUAAGUGUUACUACAACUGCCUCUAUACAAACCAGCGCGCAUGCGCGAGCCGUUCUAAAUAACCAAGUGUAUAAAGCCAAUUAAUGACUUAAUGGUUAAUGUAUUAUGCACCAGUCAGUUGUAACCACGCCCCCCCCCCCAGGUCCGGAGAAUAGCGGGGACUUUGAUUUUUGGUCCAGCCAAGCCCGGGCAAAAUCCCCGCCCUGCGGGGACGAACUGCUGGUAAAACCCCCGCCAAAUGCCCCCGCACCCCAGGGACCCUAGGUAAGGCCCAUUCCCCGCUAUAUUUGGUGCGAAUACAAAACCACCGCAUACACCCGGCACUGCGGGGCCACCUGGAAGGUAAAAACACGGCCCAUUUCCCCGGCUAUCCCCGGUAUAGCCCCGGACCUGGGGAGGGCCGUGGUUACAAUUGACAGGUGCAUAAGUUUUGAUGUUGUUUUCGCCAGAGGCUUCCUGAAUCAUUAAAUGUGAAUUGUACCGGUGACUCCAAUGGCGGAGGACACAUGUGUAGACACUUACACUUCUGUCUCUUGAAUUUACGUCUGUAUUAUGUAAACUUCCUGGUUAUACCAGGGUUGGAGGUAUUCACCUACAAGGUUACAAGUACCUGUAAAUAAUAGACACAGGCAUUGAUUCACAGGGUCUUAUUAUAAUUGAUGAGGCACAUUGAAGUGUAUUCAUUUUAUAAACUACGUUUUAAACAUUUUGUGUAUUUACAAAAGAAACUUAUCACACUGUUGCAACUUUAAUAUAAGGCAUUCUUUUAAGGACGUCAAGAUGUACAUGCUUGUACAUGGUUACAAGGUUGAUUUGUCGCUGCCAGUAGGGCAUUUAUUU